UUUUUCAACAUCUCUGCUAAAAAUUCAUUUAGUUUCACAUACAUUUCCCCUUCCAAUUUCUCUUCCAAAUUCAUCUAAUCCCAAGAGUGAUGAGCAGCGAUAGAGAGGUCUGCACAAUCGAGUCGAAAGGGGGCAUCACUCUGGAUGCCCGGAUCUACAGACCCGCCGCCGCCGCCGAGCCUGAGAACCCAACCGGCGAAUUGGUGGCUGUGCUGGUGCACCCGUACUCAGUGCUCGGAGGAUGCCAGGGUCUGAUGAGAGGCAUAGCCCGGCGGUUGGCCGAGAGGGGGGUCGCGGCCAUGACCUUCGACAUGCGGGGCGUCGGCAGGUCCACCGGCCGGGCCUCGAUUACGGGCUUUGCCGAGGUCGACGACGUCGUUUCGGUGUGCAAAUGGGCUUCUCAAAAUCUCACGGCCCGUCGCAUUGUCCUCAUUGGGUCGUCAGCUGGUGCGCCUAUUGCGGGCUCUGCUCUUGAUAAGAUUGAUGAAGUCAUCGGGUACGUGAGCUUGGGUUACCCGUUCGGAUUCAUCGCCUCCAUUCUUUUCGGGAGGCACCACAAAGCCGUACUGCAGUCCCCAAAACCCAAACUAUUUGUUAUGGGCACAAGGGAUGGUUUCACGAGUGUCAAACAGCUCGAGAGCAAGCUGAAAAAUGCUGCCGGCCAUAACCAGAUUCAUUUAAUCGAGGGAGUCAACCAUUUUCAAAUGGAAGGCCCUGCAUACGAUGAGCAGAUGGCGAAUGUAAUUGUGGAAUUUAUUUCCUCGUUGUAAGAUUUGAUAAAAAUAUGCUGUCUGUGCUAAAAAUGUUCGAAAAACCCAUGGUUUUGCUGCAGGAUGUGACUACAUUUCCGUGUUUCAUAUCAGAGUAUACUCUGUUUCUUACAAGAAUUACAGGCAUUUAACGAACAAACUGACGAUACAAAGCAUCCUGAUAACCAACAAGUACUAUGCCACAAUAUCAUAAAUCAGCAAUAUACAAGAACAAUAUAACUCAAUUACAUUUAAAACCAAAUCUGAGCACAGAAAUCUGUUUUCAAUAUAUGGGAAAGUAGCAAAUGGAUUUAAGAUCCUAACGAUCUCUGUCAAUCAUCAGACAUCAUUAAUCACAAUAUCAUAUUAGAAAAAAGUUACACUAGAAAUUGGAGUUAAGGGAGAUGAUGGGGGUAGAGUAGGGGGUCACACUAAUCUCUAUGGACAACAGACUCAUUUGGUGAAAUAUCUGCAGCAUUCGACUUUCAGCCAGUAAUCCUGCCAGCACUAUCAGGCUCAUGGGUCGGAUUACGGUAGUCAACGUUACGUGGUCUGCUACCAGAAUGUCCUUGCACGGAUGGACGAUCAUCAUCAUCUGAUGGAGGAAAAAAAAUGCAGUAAAUAAAUCAGAAAAAAUAUAAAUAUAUUUCAGCUAUGAAACUAAAAGAAUGCAAAUGACUGGACAAAGUCGAUAAAUCUCAACAAUAAGACCACAGAUACUUAUUGAUGUCAAGAAUUUAGUAGCAACAGUGCAUCAGCACAGUAUUAUGAAAAGAACAUUUUGUUAAAAUAAAUUCUACGAUUUUUUCAAUGACAAACGACGAUGUUUCUGCAUUAAUUAUAUUUGAGGUAUAAAUGGUGCAGAAAGAUAGCAAUGAACCCAGAGGGAAGAGACCCAUUUUUGACAUACUGACCAAAGCCAGUAAUAAAAUGAUAAAUGUAUUAAAUGGAACAUUCAACUAAAAAUUGAUGGUAAGCAUAUUGGAUUUCGGGAUAUCCUCAUUACCACUGUCACAUACAGCCGCAAGC